GAGCGCAUUACCCGCUCCUAGAUUUUUUGGUAUUUUCUCGAGCGGCGGCAUCGACAAGAAAGAAACAGAUUUCUGGUUUAGAGAACAGUGUCGGGAGCUACAGCUAAAAACAGAUUUCACACAGUCAGAACUUUCCUAGAAGAAUCACUGUGCUACGAGCAGAACCCAAUACGUCACCUUUUGAGUUCAUAUAGCGAAUAUGGCAAAGUGGUAUGUUUAAUCUAUGCAUCCCCAUCGCCUCAAUCAGGAAGCUUUCUUGAAUGGAGCCGUACUUAUAUCUCGCCCUCGCCCGUUUAUCCCCGUGGCCGUCGUUUCUCCAUACUGUCCGCCGAUAUUCUAGGAUUGACCUGUUCUCGCUUGUGCUGACAAUAACUUUCUUCCUCGGGGCAAUAGCUGGUAUCGUACUCUUUGUGCGACGUAUCAGCGAGUUCGUCAACGCGACGAAGGCGUCGUUGCAAGAAAAAGGCUGGACCGUGUCUAACCAGGGUGUCUCUGUGCGCACUUCCAAGCGGUUGGACCGCGAAGACUACAUCGACGCUACACAACGGGGCAUCAUGAAAGUCGUGGGUGCGUCCAAAUUUGGUCAUGCCGCAUCUGCGAGCACGACAAGCCUCGACGGCGAGGACCGCGCGAACGCCGACGGGAGCAGCAACAAGAACGGUGGCACGGAACGCAAAAAGCGGAGCCUCCUUCGGCGCAACAAGGCCAAAUGAUUCAUCGCAAACGCACAUCAUGUUUUUUGUAGAGGUGGCAUAGGGGUUUCAUUUUGCUAACAUUUGCUUUCAUCUCCGC